CCUGAUAGAGAACUUGGAACCACACCUCAGCUUGUUAGUAACUUUGAACAAGAGUGUAGCGAGCGAGGGACACAUAGCGCUGGAGACGCCGCUCUAUCGAGGAUAUGCUUCUUGACCUGUGCCGGCCGGUUUGACACAAGCACCCAAGGUCCAAACAGAGGCGGCGAAACUCCAGACCAGACAGAGCAGCAUCAGCGGGGAAUUCAGCCGGAGGGAAGAGAGCAGGGAGCCAUCUCAACAGUGCAAGGAGGAUUAGUCGGGUUUUGGGGGGGACGGAACAUUUUCUGCCCAGGCCUGGAGGUUUUAGGACUUCAAGCGAUUGAAGGCCACAGAGCAGGUCCACUUUCCACCGUGUCUUCAGCUGCCUGCAGGGCGGCGCGAGAGAGCCAAGGGAUCGUUUGGAGGACGCCAGGGAUGAGCGAGUUCUGGCACAAGAUGAGCUGCUGCGUUGUGGCCAAACCCCCGCCGAAGAAGAAGAGGAGGAAGAUUGACCGUAGCAUGAUCGGGGAGCCCAUGAACUUUGUUCACCUGACACACAUUGGCUCUGGAGAGAUGACAGAAGGUCUACCUCCGUCAGGGCAGGUCCAGGAACAGAUGCGGUCAAAAGGACCCAGCGCUAAUGGCCGAAACAGCUUGUUAUAGCUGUCAAGUGGAAUAAAGGACCAGUCUGGGGAUCCUCUCUGACUCUUCUACCAUCUCUGCCAAAGCAGCAAUCACAGUGGGACCUGACCCCCACAUAGCACUUAGCAACCCUGGAAAAUUCAUGAUAAUCCCAGACAUGCAUUGUAGCCCUGUUCUGGCUCCCGCAACACUUGCUGCAAAGCCGUUUGCUAUA